AAACGUUUAAUUCGGUAUACUUGGUAUUUGUUUGAAGUUUCCAAGUUUGCAAGUGUGUCUAUAUAUUAGAGGAAGAUUGAGGAGGGAGAGAAGGUGUUUGGUCUCUCUGUCUCUCUCUCACAUAUUUCCUUCCACCCACAACACGGCUCUUUGUCCAAGUUCAAACUCAAAAUCUCAAAAACUCAAAAGAAGGAAGAUCAGAAGAUGCCUUGCCUUUACAUCUCCACCAACGUGAACCUAGAUGGAUUUGACACUGAUUCCAUCUUUUCUGAAGCCACCAAAGCGAUCUCUUCCAUCACUGGAAAGCCUGAAGACUAUGUGAUGGUGUUGCUUAAGGGAUCGGUGCCCAUAUCAUUUGGCAGGAGCACCAGUGAGCCAGCAGCAUAUGGUGAGCUAGUAGCAAUGGGUGGAAUUAACAAACCAGUGAAGAGGCAGCUGAUUGCCACCCUUGGCACAAUCAUGGAGGCCAAGCUUUCAAUCCCAAAGACCAGAUUUUUUCUUAAAGUUGUUGAUAUAAGUACUGCAACAGGGUCUAAGCUCUGAUAUGGAAUUCAAAAAAGAUAAAAGAAAGGUUGAGGUUUUUUUUUUCUUUCGGUCUGAAAGAAAGGUUGAGGUUUAGGUUCAUUGUCUUCCGCAUUUGUUGGCCAAAGAAAUAAAGGAGGCUAAAGUUGCAUUGUUUUGUGCAGUGUUUCUAAUUGUAGCAGGACAAAACCCACCAAAUGAAAGUGACCAAUGGUUUUUCUCUGA